ACUGAUAAGAAAAAUUUGGGUCCAUGGUUACCUGAAGUAUUUUUAGAUUCUUCUCUAUUACAAUUAAUUAUGUAUUCAAGGAUAUUAGAAUUCCAUUUGACAUUGAAUGAUACAACAACAAUUAGCAAACAAGUAAAUUGCAGUUAAAUUUCACCUAAAUUAUUCGAUUCCGCAGUUGCUUAGUUGACCAUUAUUAUAUAACAAUGGCACUUCCUACAAGUUGUAUAUAAGUGGCGACAAAAUACCUGCCAGAUAUCAGUUUUUCUUUAUAUAGUCAGAUGAAAUCAACCAAUCUAACUUACCCUGUAUAACUGUUGACCUUGAAGUAGAUACAUAUAUAAAUGACUUAGUUUUGUAUCAUAUUGUUUAAUCUAGUGUUUGAUCAUUUUACAUCAAUGUACGAGAGUCUAGUCAUGUCGGAGAGCAAUAAAAUUCGUAAAAACCCUAAUGAAUGUCACUCACUGAUUGAGGCAUGACACGUUCGAAGAAUAUUGGGAUCACACAGAAAAAGGACUGCGUAAGAUAUCAAUUAAUAUUUAUUUGAGGUACACGUUUAAUUAUUCAUCUAGAUCCUUGUUUGCCGUUUUUUGAACAUGUACUGGAAGGAUGGGAUAAUCGUAACAAUGAAAAUCUACUGUUCCUGUUUUAUGAAGACAUUGUCACUAAUACUAAAGAUGCAAUAAAAAAUGUGGCCAAAUUUCUGGGAAAGACAUUAACAGAAGAUCAGGUUGAAAAACUGGCAGAUCAUUUAAAAGUGGAAAAUUUCAAGAAAAACGACAGCGUAAACAAAGACUACAACGAUUAUUUCAAGAAUCCUAAUGCUUGUUUCAUACGUAUUGAAGAACAAUAUAAUAAAACAGAUUUAAGAUUUCCUAAUAUAAACUAACUUGAAUUCAUUCUAAUUCAAAUAAAAAAAAUAUUAUAAAAGUAAACAUAUUUAUCUUAUCCUACCUCAAAUUUUCCGAAAUUUUUAUAUAAGUACAAACUCACAAGUUAAAAUAUCGCAGUAAUACACAGAAAUAAAACUGUAACAAUGUCGAACGAUAGGAUCUGCAGGAUAAAUCCAAACAAACCUAAAGAAUUGUCCGAAGAAGAUUACGAAUUACUUAAGAUUACAGUACCUUCAAAAGGCGCUAAUUAUAGACAAUUUGGACCUAAAAGAUUCGUAUAUGGAAAAUGGUAUGAAAAGUACAGCCAUGAAAUCUAUAAUUUACCAGUUACUAAAGAUGAUAUUUGGAUUGUAACGUUACCCAGAUCAGGUACAACAUUAACUGAAGAAAUAGUAUGGUUGAUCUGUAAUGAUUUGGACUAUGAAAGAGCUUUAAAAAUACCUUUGGUGGAACGAUUCCCAUUUUUAGAGUUUCCACUUAUGCGACCUGCCAAGGAAAAACUGCUGCAAGAACAUGCAGGAAACGUUGAAAAAUGCGCCUCAAUAAACACGAUUUUUACCCCAGAGUGGGAGAAGAAGGAAGUGUGUUCGCCGAGAUUUAUCAAAACUCAUUUACCAUUAUCUUUGAUUCCUCCUGAAUUAACAACCUGUGGCAGCAAAGUAGUGUAUGUUGCAAGGAAUCCCAAAGAUCAAAUUUUGUCUUGGUACAAUUUUUUUAACAUGAUGAACGGAGCUGUUGCUGGUGAUUUUGAAAAAUUUUUAGAGGCCAGCCAGAGAGGGUUAACAUGUGGUUCUCACUUUGAACACAUUAAAGAAGCUUGGGAUUUAAGAAACAGUCCCGAUUUACUGUUUUUGUUUUAUGAAGAUAUUGUCAUGAAUCCCAAUGAAUCAAUUAGAAAAAUUGCCAAAUUUUUCGGUAAACAAAUGACUGAUAUACAAGUGGAAAAGUUGGCAAAUCAUAUCAAAGUGGAAAACUUUAAAAAUAAUCCAAGCGUUAAUAGAGAUUACGCAGAUUAUUUUCCAAGAGAAGACACUCAAAAUUUUGUGAGAAAAGGUAAAGUAGGAAGCUGGAAGAGCGAGCUGUAUACUCCGGAGUUGAUUCAAAAAGCAGACAGAUGGAUUGAAGAGGAGUACAAGAAAACCGAUUUAAGAUUUCCUAUUGUAGCAAUAUCGAAUCGUCGAAAGUGCAAGAUGAACCCUAACAAAUCUAAAGAAUUAUCUGAAGCAGAUUACCAAUUACUUAAAAUUGCAGCGCCUUCGAGGGCUGACGUUAUUAGACAAUUUGGACCUAAAAAAUUUGCUUUUGGAAAAUGGUACGAAGAGUAUAGUCAAGAUAUCUAUAACUUACCAGUAACUAAAGAUGAUAUUUGGAUUGUAACGUUACCAAGAUCGGGUACAACGUUAACUGAAGAACUAAUUUGGUUGAUCAACAAUGAUUUGGAUUAUGAAAGAGCGUUAAAAAUACCUUUGGUGGAACGAAUACCAUUUUUAGAUGAUAAAAGUACGACAAUGUCGAAUGAUCGAAAGUGUAAGAUGAAUCCUAACAAAUCAAAAGAAUUAUCAGAAGCCGAUUACCAGGAACUUAAAAUUGCAGCGCCUACGAGAGCUGAUGCUACUAGGCAAUUUGGUCCUAAAAAGUUUGCAUAUGGACAAUGGUACGAACAGUAUGGUGACCAAAUCUAUAAUUUACCAGUAACUAAAGAUGACAUUUGGAUUGUAACAUUACCUAGAUCAGGUACAACAUUAACCGAAGAGCUGAUGUGGUUAAUCAACAAUGAUUUAGAUUAUGAAACAGCUAAAAAAAUACCUUUAGUGGAACGAAUACCAUUUUUAGAGUAUCCACUCAUGCGACCGUUCAAGGAUAAACUAUUAGAAGAACACGCAGGAGACGCCAAAAAAUGCGCUUCAAUAAACACGAUUUUUACACCAGAAUGGGAGAAGAAGGAAGUGCGCUUACCUAGGUUUAUUAAAACUCACUUGCCCUUAUCAAUGAUACCUCCUGAAUUAACAACAUGUGGCAGCAAAGUUGUGUAUGUUGCUAGAAAUCCCAAAGAUCAAAUUUUAUCUUGGUAUAAUUUUGUUCGUAUGAUGUAUGGGGCUGUUGGUGAUGAUUUUGAACAGUUUUGGGAGGCGAGUCGUAAAGGUCUAACUUGUGGGCCUCAUUUUGAACACAUUAAAGAGGGCUGGGAAUUGAGGAACAACCCUAACUUACUGUUUCUGUUUUACGAAGAUAUUGUCAUGAAACCCCAUGAAUCAAUUAGAAAAAUUGCCAAUUUCUUUAACAAAGAAAUAACUGAUGCACAAGUGGAAAAAUUAGCAAAUCACAUCAAAGUAGAAAACUUUAAAAAUAAUCCAAGCGUCAAUAGUGAUUAUUUAGAAUAUUUCCCCAGAAAGGAUAACCACAAUUUUGUAAGAAAAGGCAAAGUGGGAAGUUGGAAAACCGAACUAUACACUCCAGAGCUGAUUCAAAGAGCGGACAGGUGGAUUGAAGAGGAAUACAAGAAAACCGACUUAAGAUUUCCUAUCCAUAUAAUAAGAGUUUUGUUUAUCGAUUUUAUGUACAAGGUCAUACAAUUCACUGCCUUCACAACGAGCACAUGUUUAUCGUUUAGUGAAUGUUUAGAAGUUACAAUGGAAAAUCAGAUUUGUGACAGGGUUAACCCAAAUAAAAUCAUCAGAUUAACUGGGGAUGAUUACAAAUUAGCUAAAACUGUUGUACCAGGUAGAGUUGAUAACUUUGUACAAAUUGGACCGAAAAAAUUUUUGGACGAUGACUGGUAUGAAAAAUAUAGUCAACAAAUUUACAAUUUGAAAGUCACUAAAGAUGAUAUUUGGAUUGUUACGAUACCUAGAUCAGGCACGACUUUAACAGAAGAAUUAGUUUGGCUAAUUUGUAACAAUUUGGAUUAUGAAACUGCUUUGAAAAUACCUUUAGUAGAAAGAGUACCAUUCUUGGAGUUUCCCGUUUAUGGAAAUCACAAGGAAAAAUUAUUAGAAGAAAAUAAAGGAAAUCCAGCAAAAUGUGCUUCUAUAAAUAUAGUUUUUACUCCAGAAUGGGAAAAAACUGAAAUACCAAAACCAAGAUUUAUCAAAACACAUCUAGCACUAUCUUUGAUUCCUCCAGAACUAACAACAUGUGGAAGCAAAGUUGUGUAUGUUGCAAGGAAUCCUAAAGAUCAAGCAGUAUCCAGAUACAAUUUCUAUAAAAUGCAUAAUACUACAAUUACUGAAAAUUUUGAACAGUUUUGGGAAGCCACUGAAAAAGGUUUAUUACCUUCGUGUCCGUACUUCGAACACAUCAAAGAAGCUUGGGAAUUGAGGGAUAGCGAUAAUCUUUUAUUCCUAUUUUACGAGGACAUUGUCAUGAAACCCAACGAAUCCAUUAAAAAAAUUGCCAAAUUCUUUAACAAACCAAUAACAGAAUCACAAGUGGAAAUAUUAGCGGAUCACAUCAAAGUGGAGAACUUCAAAAGGAAUCCAAGUGUUAGCAGGGACUAUGCAGACUAUUUUUCACGGAACGAUGAUGGAAAUUUUGUGAGAAAAGGCAAAGUGGGAAGCUGGAAGACUGAGCUUUUCACCCCGGAGCUGAUUCAAAGAGCAGAUCGAUGGAUUGAAGCGGAAUACAAGAAAACCGACCUGAGAUUUCCCCUAUAAAUAUCAUUAAAUGUAUAUAUCUAUUAGUAUUUCAAAUAAAUAUAAUUGCAGUAUUA